CGGAAGUCACGUGGGCGUGUCCAAUGGCGCUGCGGGGGCCGCGACUCAGGGGGUCACCUACUGGGCCUCGAGCGCGCAGCCGCAGCGUGGGCAGUGGUGCUGCAGAGUCUCGGCGCCUGCAGCCGCUGGCUGGCUCAGCUCUGGCAGGUGUACCACCCUCACAAGGCCCAGGUCUGGGUCCUGUCCUUGUCCUGCUGAAGGCAUGAGGACACAGGAAGGUUGGUGUCAAGGAGUCUAGAGCGAGCUUCCUGUAACUGCAGAGCACCACUACCAUGGUCCAGCUGUGAAGAAGGUGAGAGAAAACUGCUCCAGUCUCACCUUUCCAGCCCAGCUUCUCUGGGACAGGGAGGCCCGGGUCCAGCAAGCUGGGGACAGAGUAGUUCCUGGCACAAGUAGGUGUGGUAGGGGCCUCAAAUGACACUGACCAGCUCAGGCUUUGGAACAGCACAAGAACCUCUGGGGCAAAGAUGGCCCAGCCCCAGGGUCUGUGCUGGGACCCAUGGGCUCUCCCACUGUCCAGAACCCUCUGCUCCUGCCCUCCCCACCUGACCCUUGGCCAUCCUCCAGCUUCCAGGAGCAGCUGAGUCCAUGCAGGCACGGGGUACAGAGGUCUCCUCCCCUGCAGGUCCAAUGGCAGAGAGAACCCACCCCAUCCUGGACCCUCUACCUUCAGGCACCCCCUCUCUGCCGGACCCAGCUGGUAUGGGAUUGUGUAUACAUUGCCAGCAUUGAUUUAAAGAGAUUUGAUUUUCUACUUAUUUCAAAGGCAUAUGGGCACAUGGUUAAAACCCUCGUCUUCGUACUCGAAAGUACAGGGUGGAAGACGGAAGGUCUCUCACAGCCUGUUCAGGUUCCAUUGUACAGCUGUGUAAGGACCCCUGGAGGGAGGUUCCUGCAGGGGGGUCCCUGGGUCAGAAGGCACUCACAUUGGCCACCUGCAUGUUGUCAGAUCUGGCAGGUUGCCCCCAAGAGAGGCUGUGCUGAUUCCCCAGCAGGGAGCUGGGGGUGGGGCCUAAGGGGCGGUGGCCCUGGCCAUGGGUCCCUCAAUGGCUGGCUUCUAGGGGCCUGCAGAUGAAGACAGCCUUCCACCUCGCACCUCAGCUAGCACCUCCUGACUGGCUCCAGGGUCCCCCUGACCUGCCCUAGACAGCCUUGCACCUCCCUGUGCCUCUAGUGCCCUUGAGGACCAACCAGACAAGCCUCCACUGCAGCUGUUCCCUCUGCUUGUGGCACCCUUCCCUGCCCUCUGCACAGCACGCUCAGCUGCUUCUUCCUUUCUUCUCCCGUGAGAGUGGUCUGUCCUACCCUUCCACGGCUCCUCUGCACCUCAUGCUCACCCUGGGGCCACUUGGGGCCCAGCCAGGUCAUCAGUUGUCUGCAAGAGCUCUGCUCGACCCAUGCCUGAGACGCCCUGCCCCAAAAAGGGCCUCCUUGUGAGCUUGAAAAUCUACAGAGUGUGAAGGAGAGAGGGAGAGGCAGAAAGACAGAGGUUUUGAGCCCCUGUAAUCUGUUCACCACCCCCACCCCCGAACUCAGCCCACAUGGAGUUGGGAUAGGCAGUACCCGUUUACCCUUGCAGCCUAUCAGUUCAGCUUUCCCUGGAGGCCUGCUACCUGCUGACCAUGGUUAGCAAGCUCCCUGAUCCAGCCCUUCCUGAAGCGGAACCCAGCAAUCCCCUGGAGCCCUGGGCUGGGAUCUGGGGCUGGAGAUGGGACCUCUUACAUCUCCAGAUGAGGUGGUCUGUCCCGUCAGUGAACAUUUCAGGGUCUGCAGGACUGAGACAAGAAGGCGCCACCGUUCAGCCUUCCCUCCUCCCAUGUCAAGCCCCAUGUCAUGUCUUCCACUCACCCCCAGCCUCCCAGCUCUGCCUCAAGGGGCACCUGGGCUUGGAGAAGGGCAGGAAGGAGCCAGGCUCAGCUGUGCUGAAUCAUCUGCAGGGACAGGCCGAUCUUCCUGCCCAGGCCUGUGGCCACACAUGCCCAUGAAAUCGUCUGAUUUAAUAAGCCCCAGUGAUGUGGACUGGGCUGGGAAGACAGCCCUGAAGCUGUGGUCCAGAUGGCUGCACGCGGGCCCAUAGCUGGGUUAAGGUCUGGAGGUCCAGCCUCAGCCCUUGGGUGGGAGGAGCCCAGGAUUGGGUCUGCCCUGGCUCUCGCUCUCCCCAGGCGGCCUCUGCUAGCCCCUUGUGGCUCUGCCCGCUGGCCACUUGCCCAGAGCCAGGGAACUGGGCCCAGCGGCUAGGGGUGCACAGGCUCUGAGGCCCCCAGGAGGGGAACCCACGGCAAGGACCCCUCUGGCACACACCCAGCAUUGGCAUGUUGCCCACUGCCUCCUGCUGCUUCCUGCAGUGACCCCCAAAUAAAGUUCUUACACCCUGGCCUUGGUUUCAGGGUCUGCUCUGGAGAGCUCUACUCAGAGUGGAGAUGAGGCAGUGCAGAGCAUCCUUCUCUAAGGGGGAGUAAAAUAAAACCCAUCCUUCCCCCUCCCUCCACCCCUUUCGCUCGAUUUCCACCAAACGUUAUGACACUCUGGCCCAGGCUCUCGGGACCCCACAGAGAACCACAGCAGACAUGGCUCCCACCGCCCACGUGACUGCCUUGGCUGCCCCAUGUCGUCCCUGUAGAGGAGGCUGCCCUCCCCUCCUGGGCGGCACUGCCUGCCUGGCUCAGGUGACCUGGAACCUUCUGCUUUCAGAGCCCCCUGGCGCCUGGCCCAGGAACUCAGAGCCAACCGACAGCAAAGCCCACCCUUUCUCCCCUCCCCUCCCCGGAGGUCCCAGAGCCAGGACCAGCCCUCUGCUGCCUCGGGAGGGGUCUUUGUGCUCUGGCCCCUCCCCUUGUACCAAGACACCACCUUCCCCUGAAGCGUGGAGUGAGGGCUGCAGCCCCAACGGCGGCCCCACCCGCUGAGGCCCCUGCCCAGGAGCCCCAUGACACCUCCCACUGCAGGGAGCAUGUGACACGGGCUGUCACACUGGACCCUUCCAGAAGGUGGUAGGCCCCAGGGCCCCUCCCAGCCCCUGGGGGCAUCUGGUGGACAGGACUGUUCCUGCCCCGUUGCCCAGCUGUUGGAAGCGAAGGCCACGGCUGUUUACGGGCAGGGCCCAGGGACCAAGAGCCCCGAGGCGGGCUGGCUGGGCACAUUCCAGGGCUGGCUGUCCAGGGGCCCCGUCGCGGCUGCAGAACUGGUCAGGACUGCUGUUUUCUCUAUGGGGCUGGAGAACAGGGGCAAAUGUCAGUACUGUGGCCCGGAGCCGAGCCACUGGGUAGCUGGCGGCAGCCCUAAUGAGGGACACCGUGAGCCCCACUUUCGGUGUGGCCACACCCAGCGCCAGGACCACACGGAUGGGCAGAUCCUGAGCCAGCUGCGCCCCCUGGCAGAGGAGGAGGAGGAAGAGGGGCCUGGGGCCUUGUCUGCCAGGCCCGCCUUCCCCGGGAUGGGCUCCGAGGAGCUGCGGCUGGCCUCCUUCUAUGACUGGCCGCUGACCAGCGCGGUACAGCCCGAGCUGCUGGCUGCCGCCGGCUUCUUCCACACGGGCCAGCAGGACAAAGUUCGCUGCUUCUUCUGCUACGGAGGUCUGCAGAGCUGGGAACGAGGAGAUGACCCCUGGACGGAGCACGCCCGGUGGUUCCCCAGGUGUGAAUUCCUGCUCCGGACAAAAGGAAGGGACUUUGUCUGCAGCGUCCAGGAGUCUUGUUGCCCGCCAGGCUCCUGGGACCGAUCAGAGGAACCAGAAGACACGGGUCCAGCCGCCCCCUCAGAUGCUGGGGACAGCCAGGAGUGGCCCGCGUGGAGCCAGUGCCCCGCCGUGCAGGCCGUGCUUGGGAUGGGCUUCGGGCAGGGCCAAGUGUGGCAGCUGCUGCAGCGCAGGUACCGCCGGGCGGUGCCGACCAGCGUAUCCGCGUCCCAGCUGGUGGCCGACCUGCUCCAGGAGGAGGACAGGGGCCGGGCUGUGGGGGCCAGAGCUCCUGUCCACCUGGGGCCUGAGCUGCCCAUGCCCAGAAGAGAGGCCCCGUUGGAAGGAGCCAGGGAGCCAGGUCGCCCUUGUGGAGAAGCGGGUGGAGCCCAGGCCCAGUGGGUGCUGGUGGCCCCAGAGUCCCCAGGAGCGCGGGAUGCAGAGGAACAGCUGCAGCGCCUGCGGGAGGAGCGGACCUGCCGCGUGUGCCUGGACCGCACCGUGGCCGUUGUUUUCGUGCCCUGUGGCCACCUGGCCUGUGCCGAGUGCGCACCCAGCCUGCAGCUGUGCCCCAUCUGCAGGGCCCCCAUCGGCAGCUGCGUGCGCACCUUCCUGUCCUAGGCCAGGAGCUGUGGGUACCGCUCCAGGAGGGCACCCCACUCGCUCAGCCUGUCCCUUGGCCCACUCGGCGGCCCGUUGGGGAUGGCUGAGCUGGUGUCCAGCACUGACCAGCCCAGCGAGGAAGAGGGAGCUGUGGACGGCUUGGUGGAGGGGGUGGGAGCCUACCUGUGGAAGCUUUGGAAGAGUCGAAAUAAAG